GAACGACAACAUCACACCACCCCAUAAUGACAAGCAAAAUGCUUAGUAGCUUUCCCUAACCCUUACAAGCGUAGACGCGAGGUUGAUUUCUCUCGAGCGUCCAAUGAUCUUCGUGUAAUUUGUUUUAAGCGCUGUGCCUCUCGACUGCUCUCAAUAUCAUUUUAUUUGAUCAAUUGUGGAUACACCCAUACGAAAAGUCCCAUAUUUCCAUUUAUGGGCAAUUGGCCCGAACAAUGGUCAUCAACGCGAAAAGCUUUGAAAUUAUUGCCUUCUGGUUUGUGAAUAUCUUCUGUCUUUGCCAGUCAAAGUUGCUGCUUUUUGUUGCUGUUCAGUCGUCAAUCAUGGCUGGUUUUUCGUUAUUCUUAGGAUUUAUCCUCCCGGUGGCAGCAUGGAUUUCAUACGUACUGUAUUCGUUAGCUGUCAACUACAAUAAAGCCAAGACAACUGGUCUACCCAUCGUUAUCUUGCCUAUUGAUUCCGGCAAUCCUCUAUGGAUGGCCGUUGAUACCAAGAUCUUGCCAUACUUCAAAAAUCUACCCUUCACCAAAAACUUUACUCGGUUCAAUUAUCGAGGAUGGGAAAUUCACGAUCGAUACAAAGCUCAUCAGGAGAUAGGCGAUGCGUUUAUUCUCGUCACCCCGGGCAAAAAUUGGCUACAACUUUGCAAUGCAGAGACUUUGAUUGAUAUCAAUGCACGUGGUAAAGAAUUCACCAGACCAACGGAGAUGUUGGCGAUGUUGAACGUGUUUGGGCCUAAUCUCGGGACAACCGAAGGAACACAAUGGCAGCGUCAUCGCAAAAUCACCGCCACUUGUUUCAACGAGAACAAUAAUGAGAUUGUUUGGUCCGAAGUCAUUCGUCAAGCAACAGGAAUGCGAAAAUACUGGUCAUCAAAGUCCUCCAUCAAUACCAUUGGCGACGAUGUCCGCACGUUGUCAUUGCACGUGAUGUCUAGUGCUGGUUUUGGAAAAUCAUAUCCAUAUCAAGGAGCAGAAGAAGAAUCUGACACUCAAGGCUCUGCGAAUAUCAGAGAUGCAUUGAAAUUGAUUUUGGACAACUGUAUCGCUUUGGUUGUACUGGGCCCAAAGAAUUUGGACAAAUGGUGGUUGCCAAAAAGUUGGAAACCGCUUCAUGAAGCGACUGUCACAUUCCAAAACUACAUGACAGAUGCAUACGAAGAAGGAAAGAAAGCUGCCGCGGACGGAAACACACAUGGAAACAACUUGAUGAAUUCACUUGUGCGCGCGUCUCAAGCGGAAAGCAAGGAAGCUUCCAGCCAAGGUGGCUUGACGGAACAAGAAAUUUACGGAAACAUUUUCGUCUUCAAUUUCGCUGGUCAUGAUACCACAGCUAAUACACUGGCUUUUGGUAUUUCCAUGAUAGCUACUCGUCCCGAUGUUCAAGAUUGGAUUGCCGAAGAGAUCAACGAAGUUUUCGGGGACCAAGACCCAGAAACUUCAAACUAUGCAGAAAUAUUUCCUCGUCUGAAGCGUUGUUUGGCUGUUACUUACGAAACAGUCCGUCUCUUCACUCCCGUAGCCAUUGUCAAAACAAGUGGCCCCGAGCCCCGAGAGCUCAAAGUAAACGACUCAACUCACGUCCUUCCACCCCAUACCAUGAUCAUCCCCAGUUACUCAGCCAUGCACACCCAUCCCCGUCACUGGGGUUCUAAUUCACUUGCCUGGGAGCCCUCUCGCUGGAUCAUCCCCGCUUCAUCACCUUCAAACCCAGCUACUGAAACCUUUAUGGAAUUUCCAAAGGCAAACAAUCCGUUCAUUGCUUGGUCUGGUGGUGUGAGAGUUUGUCCCGGGAGAAAAUUCUCGCAAGUUGAGUUUGUUGGGGUGUUGGUGGGACUUUUCAAAGAUUACAAGGUCAAGCCUGUACAGCUUGAGGGCGAGAGUGAGGAGGAUGCAAUUGAGAGGUUGAAGUUGUUGAUCAAAGAGGAUACCGGGUUUAGAUUGCUACUGCAGUUGUUACAUCCGGAAAAAAUGUUUUUUAAAUGGGAGAAAAGAGUUUAAUGGUCUCAUGUGCGGGGAAAGAAGAUAUGUUUGUGGAAGAUGGAAGGGAUAUUCAUUGUAAUUAUUUAGUUGUAUAUUUAUAAAAGACUCGUCUUCUUCUUUUCACUAUGUGUAUCAUGAUUUAUCUCCACGCGGUAAGCACAGAGUGAAAGGCUUCGAGUCGACCCUUGGCGAAUUAAAAUUCGUGAUUAUCCCA